CGCUCUCUCUCUUUCUGCUAUUGAUACUGCGUUGUCAGAGUUUAGAAAAUCACUUGCGUCAGAGCUCCUUUCUGGCUAUAUAAGCUGCGCUGACUGCGGUAGGAGCAGCAGAUCAGUGUUUGAGGGCUGAUCGAGCUGACUGUGGUACUGAGGCACAGAGCAGCUUGUCCUUGGAGCCAUGAGUGCCGUUGGGUUUGACCCCUACUUCUCGUCCUCGUACAAGCGCUGGUAUGUGGAGAGCAGCCCCCGGGUUUCUCAGCGUGGUCGUUCUCGCACCACUUUCUCUGCCCAUCCCCCUUCUCUCUCCUCGAGCCGCCUCCACUAUGCCUCCCCCGGAAGGACCUCCGCCGGACUGCUGCUGAGCAGCCCUGGCCGCUCCGUGGACAUGGACAUCAGCCAUGCCACCCAGGUAAGCUCCGAAUUCCGGGCAGUGCGAACUCAAGAGAAGGCCCAGCUGCAAGAGCUCAACGACCGCUUCGCCGGUUACAUCGAGCGUGUCCAUGAACUAGAGCAGCAGAACCGUGCCCUGGAGGCUGAGCUGCUCCUGCAGAGGCAUGUGGAGCCUUCCCGCCUGAGGGGCCUGUAUGAGCAAGAGGUCCGCACUCUGAGAGCUGCCGUCGAGGAGGCCCGCAUGGAAAGGCAGGCUGCGCUGAGCCACCGCGAGAGUAUGGAAAAUGCCUUGCAGAGCCUGCAGGCCAGCUACGAGGAAGAGGUGGUUGCCCGUGAGGACACCGAAGGCAGGCUUCUGGAGGCCCGCAAGGAGGCCGACGACGGCGCUCUGGCUCAGGUAGAGCUGGAAAAUAAGGUUGAUACGUUGCUAAAUGAGCUGGCGUUCCUGAAGAAGGUCCACGAGGGUGAGAUCUCAGAGCUGCAGGCCCAGAUUCAAUAUGGAGCCCAGAUCGCCAUUGAGGCGGAGACCGCCAAGCCCGAUCUGUCCAGUGCCCUGCGCGACAUCAGAGCCCAGUACGAGAAGCUGGCAGCCAAGAACAUCCAGUCAGCUGAAGAAUGGUUCCGUGGGAAAAUGGGCCACCUGACGGAGAGUGUGGUGCACCACACUGACGCAGUGAGGAACUCCAAGGAUGAAGCGGGAGAGUAUCGCCGCCAACUUCAGGCAUGUGUCCUUGAGAUCGAUGCCUGCAAGGGUCUGAAUGAGUCUCUGGAGAAGCAGCUCAGGGAGGUGGAGGACAAGCAGAGUGCAGAGAUUGCAGCCAUGCAGGAUACAAUCAGUGACCUUGAGGAUGAGCUUCGAGCUACUAAGGGCGAAAUGGCGAGAUACCUUAAAGAAUACCAGAAUCUUCUCAAUGUCAAGAUGGCACUCGAUAUUGAGAUAGCUGCUUACAGGAAGUUGCUUGAGGGGGAGGAGUCUCGCUUCAAUGUGGGUGUGGGAGGAUUGGUCGGUGCUUACUCUGUUGGUCCCGUUUACUCCCGACCCAUGUUCUCACUGUCCACCCUGAGCUCUGGCGCCCCCUACCUGUUUGGAUCUCGCCUGGUUAGUGCAUCACUCUCAGCCGAUGAGGCCAUCACAUCCAGUCAAGCUCAAGAAGCUGCUGCCAGUCCUACCAAGGAGGAAGAGGAGGAAGUAAAGGAAGAGGAAGCGGAAGAGAAGGAAGAAGAAGAAACAAAGGAGGAAGCGGAAGGUGCUGAAGAGGAAGCUGAAGCAAAGGAAGAGGAAGCUGCAGCAGAGGAAGAGACUGAAGCAAAGGAAGAUAUUAAAGGGGAAGAAGAGGAAGGAGAUGAAAAAGAGGGAGGUGGGGAAGAGGGAGAGAAAGGUGAGGAGGAGGAGGAGGAAGUGGCUGCAGAGGAGGAAGUAGAGACCGAGAAAAGUGAGGAGAAAGCUGACACAUGUGCUGAUAAGGCCAAAGAGGAUACAGAGGCAGACAAGAAAGACACUAAAAUAGAAAAAGACAAGGUCGAGAAGGAAACUGAGAAGGAAAAAGUUGAGCCUAAGACUGAAAAAGCCAAAGAGGAUGUCGAACCUGAACCAGCCAAGGAGAAAACUGAACCUGUACCUGGACCAGAGACAAAGGAUAAAGGCAAGGAAGAGCCAGAAAAACCCAAAGCUAAGGAAAAGGCAGAGCCAGAAAAGCCCAAGGGAAAAGACGAAGGUGAGAAAGGCAAGAGUGAGAAAAAGGAAAGUGUGAAGCAGGAAAAGGGAAAGGAGAAACCCAAGGGGAAGAAGUAAUAAGUCGGAUCUAUAACCGCACAAAUACCAGUAGCCUGACCUGCUUCUCUAGUUCUCCUUUAAUCUGUAACUAUCAACAUGCCUUGAUCAAUGGUGCUCAGAGCAUUUGAAAUCAGUCAACUUUAUCAGCUUUUAAAACAAUGAUUGUCUGAUGUUACUGAGAUGAUCUACAUAUCUGAGUGAAUGUAUGCUUGUGAAGUAGAUUAUAUUUUUGAGGCAUCAGUCUUGCAACAGAUUGUAAAAAGUGAAUAUUUGCUGCCAGUGCAAUAAAACAUGCUUCUUGAUGAU